AUGUCACCUCCCAAAACAAACAGGCCAUCAAAGGCAGCUCUGUCCAGAAUUUUCCGAGGAUUUCAAUCUGAAGCAGAACCUCAUGUUAUGAAAAUUAUCUGGACAAGUGGGAAUAGCCAAACGAACGGCGUGAGCGAGCUUCACAAAGUGAAUCAGAAAGUAGAAGCAUGGAAUAAAGAGCAUAACAUUUGGGCUGCAGAUGGUACCUUUGAUAUUGACGACUUUAUAUCCAUCAAUCGUGCGAUUGAGUUGGCGAUUAAAGAAAAUGAUCCUAAGGCAUUUGACAUUGCUAAGACACGCAUGGACAAUAUUAUUGAGCUGCGCAAAUACCCAAGACGAUGGCAACUUCGAAAGAAGGACUUCUUGAAAGCCGCUAAGGUCUAUGACUCGGAGAAGGAAUACUUCUAUACCCCCCUAAGCCAUGACGGCGCUUCAACACAUACUCGUGGGAAAUCAAGGCCCAAAGGCGACAAGAGGCCUGGUACUCCAACACCCAUCAGCAAAACAAAAGGAAAACAGAAAGUGAUAGGCAGCUAUCAAAGUGAGGAAGAGCCGAGUAGUGAUGAUGAGCUUGCCGCUUCAACACCCCCCAGCAAAAUAAAAAGCAGACAGGAAGUGAAAGGCAAAGAGAAAAGCAAAAAUCCACAAGGCGAUGGCGAGCGAAGUAGUGGUGAUGACCUUAGCACUCCGACACACAGCAAAACAAAAAGCAGGCAGGAAGUGAAAGGCAAAGAGAAACGAACAAAUCCGCAAAGUGACGAAGAGAGAAGUAGUGAUGAUGAGCGGGGAGACGGCAAUCAUACUGAUAACGAGCGCACCGGCGAUGAACAUUCCGACGACGAGAGUACUCAGAACGAGAGUAUUGACAAUGAGGGUUCUGACGAUGAGAGGUCUGACAGCGAGAGGUCUGACAGCGAGAGAUCUGACAGCGAGAGGUCUGACGACGAGAGAUCUAACAGCGAGAGGUCUGACGACGAGAGAUCUGACAGCGAGAGGUCUGACGACAAGAGUUCGAAUCAAGAGAGUCCCGAUGACGAAGGAAGCAACGACCUGGCCACCCUACGAAGAAGAACAGGGAAAGCAUUUGGCAUCUCCCUCGAUACAGGUGAGCCCGUAGCCUGGUACGGCCAGGGGGCCAAGGGUGUUAGACUUCUCGUCAAUCUUACCGCCCCAAAUGGGGCUAGAACUGGAAGAAUUGUUAGCGGGAGAGGCUAUAACUUCGAUAAAAAAGCUUUGCCUCACAUUCCCACAGCCUCUAAGUUGCGUGAGAGAGACGGUGACACCCAAGUGCCAAUGACCAGAGCUACUCAACACACCCGAGGAAGCCUGCGCUACGGGGAAGAUGACAUCAAAAAAGUGGGCCUUGUAUAUUGGCCAGUGGAGACCGAGUGGGAACACGAUCCCACGGCUCCUUUACGACCAGUUAAAAAGGCCUGGUUUGUUCAUACAGUGAUGGCUGUAAUGUUCAGAGUGAACAAUGGGGAACGGGCUCAGAAAGGUGAAGGGAAAAAGAGCAAGAGAACAGAGGAGGACGAGGAAGACGAAGAAGAAGGUGAGGAGGAGGAAGAGGAAGAGGAGGACCGCCGUCGCAGUAAGAGCAAGAGCACAGGCCGCCGGAGCAAGAGCCGCCAAGUUGGGGAGGAAGAGGAAGAGGAGGACCGCCGUCGCAGUAAGAGCAGGAGCACAGACCGCCGGAGCAAGAGCCGCCAAGUUGGGGAGGAAGAGGAGGAAGAGGAAGAGGAGGACCGCCGUCGCAGUAAGAGCAGGAGCAAGAGCAAGAGCCGUCGGGACGAGGAGGAGGGCCAAGACCACCAUCGCGGCAAGAGGAAGAGUAAAGAUAGGGAUCAUCGGAGCAGGAGCCGGCAAAUUGAAGAGGAAGAGCAACAGAGGCAGCGCCGUGGUAGCAAGAAGAGUAAGAGCCGUCGAGAGGAGGAAGAUCAACACCGCCGUCGGGGCAAGAGCAAGAGUCAGAGUCGCUCGGUAUCGUUUACACCCUCUGUUUUCAGCGGUUCGGACACAGCAUCGACCGCUCCAAGCUCACGUUUGCGGCACAUAGGACAAGAGUUCCGGGCGUCCAUCCUCUGCGCAAUCAAGCCCUUUGACUGGAACAAAGUCCAAGACCACGUGGAAGAGCUUGGAGGAGCAGACAAGGACGUCGUCAAGGCCAUUAACAAUCGCGAUAUGGCCAGGGGACAAUUGGACACGGUGCUCCAGAAUCAAGAGGGCACCCUCGCCAGCAUCACACAGGUGUUGGAAAGGCUUCUGUCCGCAAACGAUAUCCAACAUAGAGUUAAGAAUCUCAUCUAUGACGCGGUCGAUAGGCGUGAAGGAGUUCUACGAGAGGAACGACGACGACAGAGAAAUGAGGAGGAAAACAAUGACCACACCGCUAGCGAAGAUAAUGUCAAUGUGGACGACGGUGGAGCUAUCGAGGACGAUAUUGACGAGGAUGCCGCUAUUGAGGACAAUGUUGGCGAGGAUGCAGCUAACGAUGACAACAUUGACGAGACGAAUGUUGAGGAACCGAUGAACGACGCCAUUCCCGCCUUCACGCCUAUGAGCUUCGUAUACGACGACACCUUCUAG